GGGCUGCUGUGUCUUGCAAAAUUUCUGGUAUUGUAACAAGCGCGAGGGGAGCAGGACGAACGUCGCGGGGUUUAACUAAGAUAUUUUAGGCGUAAAAAAACAGGAACUCUUCGGCGUUUUCCUUCACCGAAAUGUCUAUUCUACAUCGGAUUAAUGUUUUGUCAUCUUUGACAGCAUCCUUGUAGAGGAAAACCUUGUGAAUCGGACAAUUUGUGGUUCUGCUGCAAGGCUCGCGAGAGGGGUUACUUUACAGUUCCGCAAACAGAAUAAAGAAAGCAGCUUUGGGUAAAGGAAGCGAUUGGCAUAAUACUAGGGAACAAGUCACCAAACCAUCAUGGCAUGGCCCUGUAUCACCAGAGCCUGCUGUAUGGCUCGGUUCUGGGACCAGCUGGACAAGGCCGACAUUGCGAUGCCUCUGGUGUUCACCAAGUACUCGGACGUGUCCGAGAUGCAGCAUCUCCACCUGCAGCAUCCCGCGCAGAAGCAGCUGCACAUGGUCGCCAUAGAAACGCAGCCGCUUCACAGCGAUCACGAUGUGGUGACCAAAGGACCACCAGCCCAAGAGGAGAAAAUCUCCAGAUCCGUGAUGCGCCAGGACUUUAAACACUGGAAAGUUCGUCCUGAGCCUAGCUGCAAGCCCAAGAACGAGUACCACGAACCAGAAGUUCCUUUUAACAACGAGACCCAAUAUCAGAAGGACUUCAAGCCCUGGCCUGUCUCAAAGAAGGGAGACCAUCCUUGGAUUCCCAAACCCUCUCCGACCAUCUCAGUGGGCAAGGACCGAAUCCCUGACAGAUCCAAAUACACCCACGCCAGCACAGAGUUAGACGGUGGGGUGGAAAAGAGCGAGAUUGCUGACAAGGUACAAGAGAAGGAGAUUCUGUCUAGUGAAAGGAAAAAGAGGCAAAGCAAGAAAGUGGUUUCUGACGUGAAGUUUGAGGGGCAAAGCUUAGGGGAUUCCACAACUGCAGAAGGGAAAGGGAGGGCGGCAGUGGAUGCCCUCAACCUGCAGAUCAAACAGGAAGUCACCUCUGGCAGCUCCUACAGGACUGAGUUCAAAGCCUACACAGACGUGAAACCUGUAAAACUAAUGAGGUCGAUGUCUCAGUAUCAGCCUCCUGAUGCGAGGGCUGAUCUGCAAACCAGCUACAGCGCCACCUACAAGGGCUACCAGGCUAAACUGCAGCCAGAUGACAACAAGGCGCUGGAGAGGAGGAGGAUUCGCACACUGUACCAUGAACCUUACAGAGAGCUUAGUAAGGUGGAGAGAACAAGUCUUCCUCGCUCCAAACCAAAAAAGACCCCUGGCAAACCGCUGAAGAAGUCCAAGGAGAAGCAGGUGAUGUCGGUACGUGGUUCGAAGAAGAAGAGCUCCGAGAACCAGCCAGAGAGCAGAGUGGCGCCAGGCGACAAGGAGAAAAGUAAAGAGAUCAACAACAAACUGGCUGAGGCGAAAGAAUUCAUGUCAGUUUGUGAUGGAAGAGCUAAAGAUGUUAGUAGUUCAUGGAAAUGAAUAGCAUCUUUGUAUCUUAAUCCCUUUAUUUGCUGGCAUUAUGGGAUUGCAUUGUGUAAGAUCAUGCUUUGCAUUGUUUUUAUCAUGAACACCCCUCUACAAGUCCCCUCUCUGUCUCUGGUCUUAUUCGUUGUGGUCUUCUCCAUUUUCAAUAUGCAAGAAUAAUGUGGUUUCAUUGUCCUGCUGUUUGCCCAGUCAGUGCACAGUAAGCCUGUGAUCUUUUGCCAGAUUGAAGAUAAAAUUUGGUUGACUUGAAGCCUGUCUAUAAUGCAUUAUAAAAGCAUUCAUAUUACAUUUAUAAUGCCUUACUAUACAACUCAUAAUUAGUUGUAUUUUCUUGUGAAUAAUUGUAUCCACUUUCAUAAUACAUUAUAAUACUUAAAGAUGCACUCAGUAACUUUUGUCUUUGUGUCAUCUUGGACUUACACUGACACCUAGCGGCUUGGAUGCAGCAUAAUUUAAAAUCAAUAGUUUUCAGUUUCAGAUGCCAUUGUAGAAAUUUAGUAUUCACAGUCAGCCAUGAUUACUUUUAAUCAAUGAGUGAAAGUGUCAAAUAUAUUAUGGUUACUGAGAUUAAGCAAGUAAUAUUCGGCUGGUCAUGUGAUUCUAACAUGGCCGCCCCCAUAUGUGGACCCUCUCCAUGUAGAAUAAAACAGCUUUUAUAAGGUUACUGAUAUGACUGGGGUCUUCAUUUUAAUGUGAGUGGUCAUGAUUUCCUGCAUGUAUUUCAAAAUUACAAUUCAUGUCUAUAGGAGUUAAACUUUUUAAUGAGGAAAAAAUUACAGAGUGCACCUUUAACCAUAGUUAUAACUUUAAAGAGUGUAAUGGAUUAAAACACCUGAUCAAUUUGAUGUCUUAUGUAUCAUUUAUUUAAUGUGUUAAUGUGUAUCUUUUGCAAUUGAGUUUGUCAAUCAGUCCUGUGCACACAGGAUGCAUUAAUCUGUUUCAUCUGCACUAUUUUUAACAGUCGUCUAUGUAUAGUGCAUCAGACAGGUGCUUUUGGAGCGUCGCACUAGUUUUUAGUGUUAUAAAUGCGUUUUUUUAGGAUGCUGUUUUUUUAAAAAAGCAUCUUGCAAUGCAUUCUGUUUUGCUACUGUCAAGAACAUGUCCUGUGUGACACCUCUCAUUCUGUAGCUACACACUUUAUAAGGUUGAGGGGCGCUGACUGCCCCCUGCUGCCAUGGUUCAUAAAAACACAAAGUUACUUGUACUUUAAAUUAGAUGUAUUUCAAGCUUGAAUUAUUGUUAUGGAAUUUACAUACAGGUCAGGGGCCAUGAUUAAUUGCAAUUAAUUAAAGUUUAAUGCGUUGAUUUUUCUUAAUCGUGAUUAACGCAUUUACUGUUAAUAAAGCAUAAACAGCAAAAACAGUGGUGGGACUAGGGCGGAACAUUUGCUAUGUGUCUGACCGGAGUGAUUACACUGACGCACACACCACAACACACAACAGCGAUGGGAAAGGACCUCUUAACGCUAUUUGUAUUUACAAAGCAAGAAUUGUGACAGGAAACAAGUACUAUGCAGCCUCUGUAAUGCGCAGAAUAAUUACAGUUUAUUACAGUAUAUAUAGAGUCAAUUUCAGCACUUUAAAAAUCUGCGAUUAAUCGCAGUUUACUAUGAAAAAUUAUGCGAUUAAUCAUGAUUAAAAUUGUAAUCAUCUGACAGCACAAAUAUAUACAGUAUAUACACAUACAUUAAAGUGCCAUUUGCAAUCUGUUUUACUUUCGUAAUGCAUUUCCAAGUGAAAAAAUGUGGAGUGGGACUCAAUUAUAUCCAUUGGGAAUUGAUUGGAUUAUGAAAAGUGGGUGUUUCAUACCUGAAUGGAGCCAGGUGGUUGAAAGGGCGGGGCUGAGAAAUAAGAGGACUUGGUGAUGUGAUCUAAAAAAUAAAGUUGUUUUAAAGGCAGAGCAAGUUAUACAUGCAUACAAGCAGUGCUGGGCAGAUUACUUGUGAAUUGUAAUCAGGUACUGAUUGCAAAUUACAUGACAAAUUUUUUUCUAAUGUAAUCUCAUAGAUUAUGUUUUGGUGUAAUCUAAUCCAAUUACUUUUGGAUUACUUUCAACCAAAUUCUACUUUAUUUUAUGUCACAUGCAUUUGAGUAGGAUAAAAAUGUAUUCCAUUCUUUGAACUAUUGUGUUCCCUGCGGGCAGGACCCUUAGAAAUUGCAUCUACUAGAUCCUUUGAAGCAGUUAAAUUCAAUGUGUGAGCUGCACACCAUUGGUGAGGUAGUAAAAAAUAAUACGAUAAAAAAAAAAAAAACAUAUCUAGUUCAUUUUAAAUGCAUAAAACAAUAGAAACAUUACAUAAAUGAACCUGAAAUCAACAGCAAUGACAUUGCUAGGCCAAAGCUAACAGCUCAGAACUCUGACACACUUUCUUUUAACCCUUACUACUUAGUAAUAGUCCAUUGCUUAGCUAAGGUGCAUAUCUUACUGUAGUAACGUAAAAGGAGCACAUGCUCAAAAUGUUCAUCUGUGAGACUAUUGCGUUUCGGGGUAAGAAUAUGAUGAUAUUAAUAUGAAAAUGAUCAAUAAAUUAUUAACAUUUUACUGUCGUUGCCUUGUUAAUAUGUAAUCUAUAAAAAAAGUAACUGUAGUCUGAUUACAAGUAUUUUUAAAUGUAAUUUAAUCCAAUUACAAGUACUUGAUCUUUGUAAUAUGAUAAUGUAAUCCAGAUUACAUGUAAUCUGUUACUACCCAGCACUGCAUACAAACAGUUUUCUUUUUUAAAUAACAACCCAGUAACUAAAUCAUGCAAACAUGUAACCAAGAAAAUGUAUUAAGAAAGUAAAUAAUGUCAAUUCUGAUUUCAUGUUCACUUGUAAUGCUGUGGAGCAUUUUGAACUGUUUUUAUUAUUAAAAAUACAGUGCAAAACAGUAUAGCCCGAUUUCCAAAUGAAUGACUCUCAUGAGUCAGUUCUUUUGAAUCUAUACUGAAAACAUACAGCACUUCCUACCAAAAUAAUUACUUUUAUUAGCCCGUUGCUAUCAAUUUGCCAUCAAUUCCAAAUACUUCUUCCUCCAAAGUACUGAAAGAAUCAUUAAUGGAACCGUUUAGGCACUGCAGUCAUUAAGAGGAAUCAGAACGAGAAUUAAUUCAAUUCCUUGCCAUUCCCAUUCAUAUUUAUAAGAAUAUAUAAUGCAUUAUAAUUAACAUUGUGUAUUUUUUAAGGACUUAUGAAUACUUUUAUAAUGCAUUACAUAAACAGGCUUCAAGGAAGUGGUGCCAAAUCUAGACUCAAAGACCGUGUCUUUUUAGAUCUGAUUCUGGUGAAAUUGCAGAAUUUCGUAAUGAAUGAAAGGAAGUAUUGAUUUCUUCAGCCUGGCUGUGGAACACAGUCUUGAGGGCCACAAGGCGCUUCUCUGCUCUGCUGUGCUCUGAUAUUUCAGGGUGAGGGCCUUUUCUUGUAUUUUGCAGCCUUUGGUGACUCAAUUACUUUACUAUGAUAAUGUGGGGAUAAAGGGAAGGAGUCCUGGGGAGACAGAGGAGGAAAAACUAGUAGGGUUGUACAUGUCCAGCGUGUGUGUGUGCGUGUGUGUACUUAGCACAGGUGCAAUAGUCCAUGCAUUCUGAAACAGGAGAGAAAAAUAUACAAAUAAUAAUAAUGUGAUGUGAAGGGGCCUCAGAUUUAACUGUGAUGAUGUGAAUUGUGAUUUCUCUCUGCUUGCUCAUAUUUAUUGAAAUUAAUAAAUGCAAACGCAUAAACA